AUGAUUUGUAAAGAAUGGUUGGUGAGGGAAGAUGGUGCGCUGGCGUACCAACUACAAUCUAAAGAAAUUUCUGAACACUAUUCCGGAAACAAGCACCGCAAUGCGCUGGUUCGCGAGGAUUUGCCAAAAGCGCGCGAAGUUCAAAUGCGCGAAAAGGCCGAGGCCGAGCACAGGGCCAGGCUCUACCACGAGAUGAUAAACGAACAGGAGCAGGCUGAUGCCAGAUUGGCGCGCGAAUUGGCAGAAAAAUUAGAAAGGGAUGAAAGGGAGCAGCAGAGACGUGCUGAAGAAAUGGACAAGGAAAUUGCACGAAGGCUGCAGCAGGAGAGAGAAGCGUCUUCGCAAAUCAACAAGACUUCAAUAAAACCUCCGUCGACUGAUUCGAGAAAACAUAGUGGCCAAAGGUUACCAGCACCUGCACCAAGUGGUAGUGGUAGUCAACAAAAUUCUCCUUCUUCGUUUCUGGACCAUAGUCGUCAUUUGGUAACACAUGGGGUUGCCAUACCACCUGAUGCGGUCGACUACUACAACGACUCAGGUAUCCAUUCCAGUCCAACAGGGGCAGGUGGUUAUAUAAGUGGCAGCAUGAGCCCUGCAUCUCCCCCAAUUUUACACGACCCCAACAGCCCCAUGGGCGACGGCCACAGCCCCAUGGCUCAUCUAACACAAGACUACAUCAGAAACAGUCCUUUGCCAAUAAUAAGUCACCGAUCACAAAUGGAAAGAGGAGCAAAUCACAAUUUCGAUAUGAUGCCUUCGACUAGCCAAAAUAAUACAAUGAUCGAUCACGGGGUGAAUUUGAAUCAGUUCCAUCACCAAGCCCCCAGUUAUAGAGGACCGCCGCCGCCACUGCCGACAGAUGUGACCAUUCACCAUUCUGAUGAAGCCAAAUUGAUGUACCAGUUAGGCAUAAUGAUCUGGGGCUGCCUCCUGGUUCUGAUCUGUUCGAGACAUCGAGGUGGUGAUGAUUUGGAUGAACGGUUGUUGCAAGAACGUAAGGAUGCCGAAUUGGCAAGGCAAUUACAAGAAGAAGAAAGUUCUGACCGUAACGUCCAAUUAGAUCGAGACAGAUUAAUUGCAAUAGAAGCCCAGGACCAGGAAUUGGCUCGGCUGCUUCAAGAAAGGGAAAGAUCAAAAGCCAAAAGAGCCAAAGAACGUGCAAAGCAACGAGCGUUGGCCAAAAAGCAGCAAAACAUGACACCACCGACAAGCCUCACCAACCCGGAACAAGUCUCCGAUAAUACAUCAAGGAUGCUUGAAGACUCCUAUUCGAAUCCUGUGGACUUGAUUACUAGUCCACAAAACAAUUCUGUCGAAUACAAUUAUACGAAUCCUUUGGAUUGUCGGCGAACUGGGAAUGAAGGCGAUAGGAACCAAAUUAGGGAUUUGCACAAGCCGGGGACGUCUUGUGGUGGAGGAGAGAUGGAACAAGAUUACAAAUCGAAUAUGCAAUACAACGCUCUAGACUUCUCAAGACAGCCUCAAUCAACAAUGCAAGGUACAGGUAAACCAAAAAUGGAACUGCCUAAAGAAGACGCUCCAAAUAUUCCAACAGAAUCUCAAAACAGAUAUCCUGCAAAAAGUUUUGUCAAAAACGGCGUCAUGGUUUCCGACACAUACAGUGAUCCUCUACAACUAAGAGACGACGUCAACUACUCCUAUCCAGUGGAUUCUUUGAGGAAUACAAACCAGGGUCUUUCAUCAAAAGAAACGGAGUAUGAUUAUGAGAAACCCAUAAAUCAUUUAACGCAAAGUUUUCAUGAAGAUAGUCUGGGCAUGUCGUCCAGGCCGAGACAUUUGGAUUUAGGUGCUGCACCGAGUAAAAUUAAUAAGCCUAGGUAUCCUGAUCCUGAUGAUUUAGCGAAUUCUGAAAGAUCGAAAGCCAAAAGAGCCAAAGAACGUGCAAAGCAACGAGCCUUGGCCAAAAAGCAGCAAAACAUGACCCACCGACAAACAUCACCAACCCGGAACAAGUCUCCGAUAAUACAUCAAGGAUGCUUGAAGACUCCUAUUCGAAUCCUUGAUCCUCUACAACUAAGAGACGACGUCAACUACUCCUAUCCAGUGGAUUCGUUGAGGAAUACAAACCAGGGUCUUUCUUCAAAAGAAACGGAGUAUGAUUAUGAGAAGCCCAUAAAUCAUUUAACGCAAAGUUUUCAUGAAGAUAGUCUGGGCAUGUCGUCCAGGCCGAGACAUUUGGAUUUAGGUGCUGCACCGAGUAAAAUUAAUAAGCCUAGGUAUCCUGAUCCUGAUGAUUUAGCGAAUUCUGCAGGCGGAAGCGGCGGUGGCGGCAAUAUAGCUGCAGCCAUAGACCCUACAUACAACCCAAACAACAGUCUAAAUUCACACAGCAGUCGAGAAUCAGCCAGUCACCUGUUUGGUGGACACAGAAGCUCCCCUUCGAAGAUUGCAAACGGAGAGCCUUCAGACUAUUGUGAGGACAGUUCUCCAGCGCCCCCUUAUAUGCCCAUACAAGGCCAACGCAGAACUUCAUCGUUGGAGAAAAAGAAGAAGAAGACUAAGGACGGCUGUAAGCAACAGUAAUUUAAUAAUAUAUUAGUAAUUUAAAAUGAUAAAUGAAUUGAUUGAUAGUCCAGUGACGUGUUCUCGAAUUAAAUAGACAAUCAUAUUUUUUAUAUUGAAUAUACAU